GCCCCUCCCUUCCCACCCGGGAGGUGGCCGUAGCGCGCAGGCUUCCUGAGAAGGGAAGGUGGGUGGUAGCGCCCGGGAUGGAGGCGGCUGCUACGGUCACUUGAGCCGCUUCCCACCCCCGCCGUGAAUGGAGUCUCCCUCCCGCAGGUGCAGCGCUGCGGGGAGUCGGGCGGCCCGCUGAGACGCGCCCUCCCGGGAGCGGGGCCGCUGGUUCCUCGAGAGGUUCAGAGGUUGUAGCCAUGAAUAAUAAAGGCUUUCGACGAGGGAGUUUCCAGAGCAGCACCAGUGAUGAAGACAUGGUGGAGAUAGCAGGAGGAGCUCUGGAUUUCUCCAUCACAGAUGAUGAUCCGCCGCUGGAUAGAGAGAUGUUGGGAGGGUUCUCCUUAUACAAUGGAGGAGGGAUGAAUGGCACAACCCAGAUGAUGGAUUUUCUGGAAGAACCUCUGCCUGGUGUGGGUACCUAUGAAGAUUUCAAUACUAUAGACUGGGUGAGAGAAAAGUCCAGAGACCGGGACAGGCACAGAGAGAUUGCUAGUAAAAGUAAAGAGUCAACAUGGGCUUUGAUUCACAGUGUGAGCGAUGCCUUCUCUGGUUGGCUGUUGAUGCUCCUCAUAGGACUGUUAGCAGGUUCUCUAGCUGGUCUGAUAGACAUCUCUGCCCACUGGAUGACAGAUUUGAAAGAAGGGCUGUGUCUGUCAGGCUUCUGGUUUAACCAUGAACACUGCUGCUGGAACUCCAAUGAGACAACCUUUGAGGAUAGGGAUAAGUGCCCAGAGUGGGAGAGCUGGUCACAGCUUAUAAUUGGCCAUGGAGAGGGGGCAUUUGCAUACAUUCUCAAUUACUUCAUGUAUGUUCUCUGGGCCCUGGUAUUCUCUCUCCUUGCAGUGUUGCUGGUCAGGGGAUUUGCACCUUAUGCUUGUGGCUCAGGAAUCCCAGAGAUCAAAACGAUCUUGAGUGGUUUCAUCAUUAGAGGCUAUUUGGGCAAGUGGACCCUGAUAAUCAAAACUGUUACCUUGGUGUUGGCAGUAUCGUCUGGCUUAAGUUUGGGGAAAGAGGGCCCUUUGGUGCAUGUAGCUUGCUGUUGUGGAAACAUCUUGUGUCAUCUUUUCACCAAAUACAGGAAAAAUGAGGCCAAGCGCAGAGAGGUUUUGUCAGCUGCUGCAGCUGCUGGCGUGUCCGUAGCUUUUGGUGCACCAAUUGGAGGGGUAUUGUUUAGUCUGGAAGAGGUGAGUUAUUAUUUUCCCCUCAAGACUUUGUGGAGAUCUUUCUUUGCCGCCCUGGUAGCAGCGUUCACCCUGCGCUCCAUCAACCCUUUUGGAAACAGCCGUCUGGUUUUGUUUUACGUGGAGUUUCACACACCUUGGCAUCUUCUGGAGCUUGUGCCAUUCAUCCUUUUGGGAAUCUUUGGUGGUCUUUGGGGAUCUUUCUUUAUUCGCAGCAACAUUGCCUGGUGCAGAAGACGUAAGACAACCAAACUUGGCAAGUAUCCUGUGCUGGAAGUGCUUGUUGUGACUGCCAUCACGGCUGUUCUGGCUUUCCCCAAUGAGUAUACCCGUAUGAGCACCAGUGAGCUGAUUUCUGAGCUGUUCAAUGACUGUGGGCUCCUGGAUUUCUCCAAGCUCUGCGAGUAUGUGAAUGACUUCAACAGCACCACAGGGGAUGAUCUGCCGGACCGAGCCGCUGGCCCAGGAGUCUACACAGCUAUGUGGCAGCUGGCUUUGGCCCUUAUCCUAAAAGUCUUCAUCACCAUAUUCACUUUUGGCAUGAAGGUCCCUUCGGGUCUCUUCAUUCCCAGCAUGGCGGUUGGUGCCAUAGUAGGCAGACUACUAGGUGUAGGAAUGGAGCAGCUGGCUUAUUAUCACCAUGACUGGACUAUCUUCAGUGGCUGGUGCAGUCAAGGGGCUGAUUGCAUCACUCCUGGCCUUUAUGCAAUGGUUGGUGCUGCAGCAUGUCUAGGUGGAGUAACCCGUAUGACUGUGUCGCUGGUGGUUAUUAUGUUUGAGCUUACUGGUGGACUGGAAUACAUUGUUCCUCUAAUGGCUGCAGCCAUGACUAGCAAGUGGGUGGCAGAUGCAAUUGGACGGGAGGGCAUCUAUGAUGCCCAUAUUCGUCUCAAUGGCUACCCCUUCCUAGAAGCCAAGGAGGAGUUCUCGCACAAGACUCUCGCCAUGGACGUAAUGAGGCCCCGUCGGAAUGACCCUGUUCUGACUGUCCUCACACAAGACAGCAUGACGGUAGAGGAUGUAGAGGCCAUAAUCAAUGAAACCACUUACAGCGGCUAUCCGGUGGUGGUGUCCCGGGAGUCCCAGAGGCUGGGGUUUGUCCUCCGGCGAGAUGUCAUCAUUUCAAUUGAAAAUGCCCGGAAGAAGCAGGAUGGAAUUGUGAGCACUUCAAUUAUUUAUUUCACUGACCACUCUCCUCCGCUGCCUCCGAGCUCCCCGUCCAUGCUCAAACUCAGGAGCAUCCUGGACCUCAGUCCAUUCACAGUGACAGACCAAACACCCAUGGAGAUAGUUGUGGAUAUAUUCCGCAAGCUGGGACUGCGCCAGUGCCUCGUCACUCACAAUGGGAAACUACUUGGGAUCAUUACCAAAAAGGAUGUAUUAAAGCACAUUGCACAGAUGGCUAAUCAAGACCCAGAUUCCAUACUCUUCAAUUAAAAACAGACUAAUAAGUAUUGGGUGUUUAACACAAAAACGAAACUUUAUAAAAGACCGGGGAUUUUCUUUUCUAUUUUUAUUAAGAAACUGGAGCUAUCUUCAGAGUUUUCCUGUAUGGAGCUGAAGAUAAUCAUGUUUUUUCUACAAAAUAACCAAUUGCACUACGUAAUCUGUGGAAAUUAAUCUUCUCUUUAGAAGAAAAGACUUUAUUAUAAUGCUUUUGUGAAGUUGCAUUGGAAAGAUUCCAUGAAGGAGUAAAAGCAAAAUGCUACAGAAUUAAAUCUGUUCCCUUAUUUUAUUUGAACUUUGAUAACUAAUGUUGGGAGGGGAAGAAAAGACAAUCUAGUUUUAAGUCUUCAAAAGCCAUGGAAGAGAAGGAUGACUUUUGCACACAGCACUAAGAUGCCUGAGAAAGAGAUGAUCAUAACUAAGGGCCACAAUUCCCAGACAGCUGCUUGGUGAAAACACAAAUUUGAUCUUUUUUAGGUUUCUAAAAGCAAUCAGCAAAAUGUUAAGGGGGCUUUUUGAGUUCUGUAUUUGAACCCAAGGUAAAUCUACAUAUUCCUGCAUGCAGUGUCCAGCUAAAUGAGGACUUGUUUUGGAAGCUCUGCUUCUAAUCAGAGUGAAGCUUCAUUUUAGACUUCUCUGAAUGUAUUAAGUUACCCUCUGAUUUGCUCGUUAAAAGUACCCAAAGGGAGAGCAGAAGGGCUCACUGGUCAUAUUCUUGCAACUCUCCCCUAGUUGGCUAAGACCACGGAUUUCUCCUCCUCUCUAAUAAGCAAUGAAAGGGUUAAGACAGAGUGGUGAGUUAUUGCCCAAGUUUUACUGCACUCCUUCCAAAUGAUCCCUGAUCAUGUUACAGAUAUUGCACAACUGACCUCUUUCUUAAUCAGCAGUGUCUUAUGUUGAAGGGUAUGUCUAUUUUAUUGGAGUUUCCCAGAUCCAUAAUGUUUACAUGUAUGCAUAUUCUGUUCCCUUUUUCCAUGCCCUUUACUGUGCUAAACUCAGGAUGGAAUCCUGUCUCUGGGAAUGAGUAACACUGCCACUUUAUGCACGUUCUCCAGCUGCUGUCUGUUUUAUUACCACCAACUAUGCAAUAAAAGACCCUUCCUGAUCACUCCAGCAGGAUAAUUUAUAA